GCGGUCACACUGUCGGCGACAGCACAGUUUACAAAUUGUGGACAAAGCAAAGGAUGCUAUAAUGUAUCCACUUAGUUCGCAAAGACGUUCCUGGACAUUUGCCAAUGAAGAACAGUUGCGCGUAUUUCGCGUCGAACAAAACACCAAGUACAUAGAGGAGCACGAAGCUGAGGCUCCAUCAACUGGCAAUCUAAACGAUUUCUUUCUGACGCCGGAAGAAGAACGCCUGUUGCUGAAGCAAUAUGAAAUUUACUUGGUGGACUUUUGUCGACGUUUCGAACCCCCAAUGCCAAAAUGUGUGAUUGGCACAGCGUUCCAUUAUUUCAAACGCUUCUACCUCAAUAAUACACCAAUGGACUAUCAUCCCAAGGAGAUAUUAGCCACAUGUGUUUUUGUUGCCUGCAAAGUGGAGGAAUUCAAUGUGUCCAUCAAUCAGUUUGUCAACAACAUUAAAGGCGAUCGCAACAAGGCCACGGACAUUGUGCUCUCCAAUGAAUUACUCUUAAUUGGCCAAUUAAACUAUUAUCUCACUGUGCACAAUCCAUUUCGACCUAUCGAAGGCUUUCUUAUUGAUAUAAAGACACGUAGCAAAAUGAUAAAUCCAGAUCGCUUGCGUCCACAUAUUGAUAGCUUCAUUGACUCCAUAUUCUUCACAGACGCCUGCAUGCUGCACACUCCUUCGCAGAUUGGUCUUGCUUCCAUUCUGCAUGCUGCCAGCAAGGAACAGGAAAAUCUGGACAGUUAUGUGACCGAUUUACUCUUUGUCUCUGCGCCAGAGAGACUCCGAGGUCUCAUUGAAGCUGUGCGCAAAAUUCGUAUGCUGGUCAAGAAUUAUGAACCACCGGAUCGGGAGGCAGUCAAAGCAAUUGAAAAGAAGUUGGACAAGUGCCGCAAUCAAAACAAUAAUCCCGAUAGUGAACUGUACAAGGAACGAUUGCGUCGCCUAUACACCGAUGAGGAUGACAUGCCGGCUGAAGAUGCUUCAUUUCACAUUGCCAAUGUCAGCUCAGAUACUUCAGCUAUGAAUAUAAGUCAGUGAAAUGCCGAUUGAUACAAAAAUAAAGAAAUAUAUGAAUUUAAA